AUGUCUUUUCAAAACAAAAACUUGUACGACUUGUUGGGUAACGACGUUGAGGAAGACAACACAGCCAGUCUCCCAAUCAAAGAGGUUGUAAAGAAGAACACUUCCUCCAAGAAGUCUGACGUUCCUCCACCAUCAGCUGACCCUACUAAAGCUAAGAAGAAGUCCAAGCCAACUGGUAAUGAAGGUGCUUUGAAAACCAAGAACAGUAACAAGGAUGUCCCACCUCCACAAUCUACUGCUACCAAACACCAGAAGAAACCAUUUGACCGUCACUCAAGAACCGGAAAGACCGACUCCCAAAAGAAGAUCAAACAAGGUUGGGGUAACUCUGAGUCUAGAGAAUUGGAAGGUGAAGUUGAAGGAACCGAGGAUGCUGAGCACGAUUUGGUAGAAGAAGCCGAAGAGGAAGUUGACACCACUCCAAAGAAGUCUCUUCAAGAGUACCUUGCCGAACAAGAGCAAAAGCAAAAGGAGUUGGACGGAGCUAAGAAAUUGAGAAAAGCCAACGAAGGUGCUGAAGAGAAAUGGAAUUCUGAAGAAAAGAUUGAAAAGACUCAAGAAGCUUACUUUGCUUCUACUCAUCAAAAGAAGACCAAGUCCAAGGCCCCAAAGGAAAAGGUUUUCUUGGAAGUUGAAACCGUUUUUGCCGAUGAGCAACCACAAGAACCAAGAGGUGGCUUUAGAGGUGGAAAGAGAGGAGGAUCAAGAGGUGGAAGCAGAGGUGGAAGCAGAGGUGGCAACAGAGGUGGUCUCAGAGGCGGAAAAUCUUACAAUGAAAGAGAUUUCCCAUCUUUGUAA